AUGACCACAGACGGAACGGAGGACUCUCUUGAGAGACAGCCGGAGGAGGAGAGAGGGGUCGCAGCCCAGAGUGCUGUCUACAGUUUCGAAGAUGUUCAGAAGAUCUUGGCGCCGCCAGAGAGUGAUCAGGCUAAUUGGCCUGGAGGUCUGGAGUUGUGCAGCUUGCGGCGAGUGCUUUGGCUCCCGCCGGGUUGGGGCCAAGCUUGGACGAAAGAUCCCAACGGCUUCAGGCGUAAAGUCUUCGUGGCACCCAAGAAUCUGGGAUCCAAGAUUGUUCAUCAUAAGUCGAUGGUCCAGGCCGCGUAUGAUCACGAGCUGGUACCCGUGGACCAGAAAGGCAGACAUCUCCCGAGGAAGUUUCCAAAUCACUGGCCCAGCUGGCUCCCGAAAAGCUGGCAGAUGACUUUCGAUGGGCUCUCCAGCGAACCCUCCUUCCGGAGUCCCUCUGAGGAGCUUUUCAACUCUGAGGAGGCCGUAAAGCGACAUCUUGUGGAGAUCGGCGCCCUGGAGAAGCCCAAAGUUGCCCCCAAAGCCAAGGCCAAGGCGCAAGGCAAAGCGAGGCAGAAAAAGACGGGCUUCCUGCCGGAGCCUGCGAAGAAGCUGCGAAGGCUGCGGAAGCUGGCCCCGGAGGAAUGCCAGGUACCUGAGGACUUCGAGGUGCCGCCUCCGCCCCCGAAGCCGCUGCCAAGCCACCUGCGGCGCCUUCGGAGGGUCGGCGACCGGAAAAUAACCGAGGCAGCUAAGAAGGAGGAAGAGGAGCCAACGCCCCCGACUGUGAAUUUGGAGAACCUCACCGCUGAGGAACGUGAUUAUUUGGAAAAUCAUCCGCUGUAUAUCAAAAUCCACCAACGGGGCUACCCGAUACCUAUUGGUGAUUUGGACAUCCUGGCGCUGCGCCCUUUCAUCCCCAUGGAGUUUGGAGGCUCCGGCAAACAACUGCAGCCAAGCGUGGCACAGCAGCAGGUUUCAGACGAGAUCCGGGCUGAGUGCAGCUUGCGCAAGCAAGUGCCCAGUGAGCUUCAGCUGACAGCGGAGCAGAUUUCUUGGAUUUGGCAGCGGAACCUCUUCCACACUCGGCAGAAGGUGGAUGAGGUCGCCAAGGCGCACGAGGUGUCGGCAAGGACGCCGAAGACGCGCCACCGACAGAGUGCAUCCAGGACUCGAAGAGCCACCGUGCAGCUCUUCCAGGGGAACACAAGUUCCGGUGAGAGUCCGGCCAUCAACAAAUGGGACCUCAUCCACGAGAACGACCAGCCAAAAUACCGCGAAGAGAUCCUGAAGAGGAUUGCUGAGUGCUUUUCCUCCAUCAAGGGCGUCCCUGUCGUGUUCCUUUCGGCCAAGUAUAAUCUCAACUUGCCUAUGCUCAUGACGCGAAGCCUAGCGCUCUACAAGAGGUGGUGUGCACGGCUUCCCACAAGCAGGUUGAACAGCUGGCUUCAGGCUUGGAUGCUGCGCUGGCCUCCUCCCUGGAGAAAUGGGCAGAAGUGCAGCAUCAAGUACAUGACGCAGACACGGGCAAGGCCACCGACGUUUGUCCUGUGGACGAACUCCGCCUACGGUGAGUUUCCCAAGAACUACAUCAGGCAAAUGCAGAAUGCGAUGCGGGACGAGUUCAGAAUAAGCGGCGUGCCGCUUAGUUUCAACAUCCGCUCCACCUUGAUGCCAAAGCCGCGCAAGAAGCUUUCGAAGAAAGACAUACUGAAGUGGAAGCGCAUGGGCCCAAAGCAGGCGAAGGUUGCUGAAAAUCUCAACUCCAAAAAGAUGCCGAGGCCCCUGCGGCAGAUCGACUGA